UCUUCAUAUGGGGUGAUGUUUCUCUUCUCUUGUUGUUUUUUUGCUUCUUUCCUUCUCUUAUACCUCUCUUCUUCCCAACGCCCUGGAGGGUCCUUGUGGUUGCCAUUGAUCCAACAUGGUUCGUUUGCUGGCUACACUUCUUCGAUCCUCUCGGGCGACUGUACCCGUAGCCCGUCCUCUCUGUUUCCGCCGUGGUUACUCUGCAGCGAGCGGCGGCAGCGACGAUGCUUGCCUUAGUUCGAAGCCCGUAGCUGUCCCAAAAGAGGACUCUGCACCAAGCGAAGAGUCCUCAGAGUCUCAAAUUUCCAAGGCCCCUUUCACUCCCACAAUUGGGCCCCAAGGCAUGAAACUCCCCACAUCAUCAAAUCGGUAUAUCCCGGCAAUGCACUUGCUCCUGCGCGACGGCUGCAAAUGCCCACUAUGCGUAAACCAACACUCAAAGCAACGCAACUUUCGGAUGUCCGACAUUCCCAAGAAUGUCAAACCACGCUCCGUGGACUGGGAUGGGGAAACAUUGAAAGUGAAGUGGGAGAAUGACAUCCCAGGUUUCGACGAGUCGCAUACCUCCGUGUAUUCCCACGAAGAAUUAAAGAAACCCAGCGCCAAUUACCCGUAUAGCCCUUCCGGUCGCAGAAGAAAGCGUCAGUUGUGGGGUAGCGAACAUAAGCAUCGCUGGGUCACAUACGAAGAGUACAUGAAUGACGAAUCUACCUUCUCCGACGCUAUGCGCAGUUUGGCCCGAACCGGUCUCCUCUUUGUCAAGGGUAUCCCCGACUCCCGCGAGGAGGUUGAGAAAAUCGCAACUCGCAUGGGUCCCCUUCGGAAUACCUUCUAUGGUGCAACUUGGGAUGUCCGGACCGUGCCUGAGGCUAAGAAUGUCGCCUACACGAAUCAGUAUUUGGGCUUCCACAUGGACCUGAUGUACAUGAAUGAACCGCCGGGAUUCCAGCUCCUGCAUUGCCUCCAGAACUCGUGCGACGGAGGCGAGUCGCUGUUUGCAGACUCUUUCGCCGUCGCUAAUCAACUCCGCAUUGACGACCGCGAAGCUUUUGUUACUCUGUGCAAUCUCCGGCUGUCUUACGAGUAUAAUCACGCCGAUCAUGUCUACACUAACGACUGGCCUGUUUUCCAAACUUAUCGGGAUGAUAAGACGAAGGCGACGAAGCUGACACACGCCAACUACUCCCCUCCCUUCCAGGCCCCAAUGUUCGGAAAGCGACGCUCAUUUUCUCCUACCGUGAAUGAUUUUGAGGCUCUAAACAAAUUUGCCAAUAUGCUGGAAGAUAAGAAGUACAUCUUCGAGUUGAAAUUGAACCCGGGUGAAUGCGUUAUCUUCGAGAACCGCCGUGUGCUCCACGCCCGUCGUCAGUUCAAUACCGCUACUGGCCAGCGCUGGCUCGCUGGCGCCUACGUCGAUGAGGAUGCAUUAUUGUCCCAGUUCGCUGUGAUGAGCCGUAAAUAUCCUGAGAUAUGGUUUAACUCGAAACAGCAGUCAAAAGCGGAGAGCCAAAAGGAAGAGGGCCAGAUAAAGGAAGAUGAAAGUUAAAACGAGAAACCAAGUAUCUAUUAAGGUAACGAGGGAUGUGGGAGGUGCAUGGUAUGAAAAAGCCUGUUCUGUGCUUACGGCAUCAGCAUCGGGAACGGUGUCUUUUUACUCGGAUUCAUUAAGCACGGCUGGGGGUAUAUCAGCAUAGGGGUAUGCUGCUGUUAUUGAAAGCGUGCUAGAGGGGCUUGGAAUGGCUACUGUAUAUAAUUAUU